AUGCCUUCUUACACUACCAACUUCGGCAUGCCCCGCCCCAAGAGCAGCCGCGUCGGCUCCGACGCCAGCUCCGUCUAUUCCGACCUCUCCGCCGCCAGAAGAGCAGUCUCGACGGACUCCCCGCGCCCGUCCAAGCGCAAAUCCUCCCACUCCCAGGCGGUCAACGUCUACACCCACUGCGGUCGUCACAGCUCCCAGUUCCUGUUCGGCGGUCGCUCGUUGAGCGACCUGGCCCGCCACAUCUUCAAGCGGGACUAA